GAUCAACAUGCGCGUCGUCGGUCCUCCUCCAGCACGAGCACUCGCUAUUACCCUCACCGUCCCAAUCACAACCAUAUGUUGUUGGGGGAUCAUGAAGAUUCGGUGCUGCCCUCUCUCAAGACAAUAUUGACGUGUGCCAGGAGAAGAAUGCGCUCAAGGCAAUUUCUGGUGCUGGUAGCCCUCCUUACGUUUGCUGCAUUCUCCGUCUUCUACUUACGAGCGCCCCCGUCACUACCUUCCGAUACAAAUGGAUUCAAGCCUCCCAUAUCGAUCCCCAAAAUUCCAAAACAACUAUCUGCAGGUGGCUCUACGGCGGAAGCUCCAAAAUCACAUCCUCCAACUUUGAGCGGUUCGCAUCCAAUAUGGCAGCUGGUGAAGGACGCCGAGCAGGACUUUGAGAAGAUCUUGGAACACCAAUCCAAAACUCUUGAGGAAGCGGUUGCAGAAUACAGAAAGAGAUAUGGCCUACCACCUCCUCCAAAUUUCGACAAGUGGUGGGAUUUUGCAAAAGCAAAAGGCGUGCAAUUGGUCGAUGAAUACGACUCUAUCUACCAUACCUUGACUCCAUUCUGGGGACUCAAACCUUCGACGAUAAGGGCACGGGCACGAGAAGCAUUGGGAUUCGAUGGCAAUAAUUUAAUUGGGGCCUUGAUUCGGAAUGGUGCUGUCAAGAAGAUCAAUGGCGGAAGAGAGUGGCAGGAAGAAGCUACGAAAGGUAUGAUGAAGGACUUCAUAAAGUAUCUGCCAGAUAUGGAUUUAUGCUUCAACAUACACGAUGAACCUCGGGUAGUUGUACCGUCUGAUGAUCUUUCGAGAUUGGUUGCCAUUGCGAAGGAUGAAAAGAUGCCAGCAGCAAAUGCUGUAGAGAAGCCCAGAAACUCAUGGUCACCCAAGCCAGCGGAUCUCACCGAUGGAUCACGCUUCGAGGACGUCAAGACUACCCGCUUCAACGUCUUCGCCCAUCAACCUACAUGGACACAUUCGAGAAUGUCUUGUCCACCAGAUACCCCAUCAAGAAACCUCGAAGAUGGUCCAAAGGAGGAUAACUUCGAUAGCUACGCAGUGGGCGAGCUAGGAUUUGUCUAUAAUCAGACAGCAUUCUCCGAUAUCUGCCAAUCGCCCUCGUUCAGCGAGUCCUACGGCUUCUUCGAUCGACCAAAUGCCUACAACCUCGUCCACGAUCUCUUUCCAAUCUUCUCUCAAUCGAAAAUCUCCUCCUACAACGAUAUUGUAUAUCCAUCUCCCUGGUACUGGUACGGAAAAGUGCCAUACAAUGAAACGGCAGACAUGUUGUGGAGUGAGAAACAGGACAAGAUAUACUGGCGUGGCUCAACCACUGGAGGAUUUAGUCGGGACGGAGGCUGGAGACGUCAGCAUCGACAACAUCUCGUACAGAAGAUCAAUGCAGGAGACCAGGCUAAGAUCCUCGUCAAUCGGGGCGGAGAAACGAGUGAGGACUGGCAAGUAAAGGAAGUACCUCGAAGCGACUUCAAAGAGAUAUUUGAUAUCUACUUCUCGUACGUUGGGCAGUGCGACCCCGGGGACUGCGACGCUCAGAAAGAGUUCUUUGAUAUCAAAGAAACGGCCAAGCAAGAAGAUGCGUGGAACUACAAGUACCUUCUCGACAUUGACGGCAAUGCUUUCAGCGGCCGGUUUUACGCUUUCUUGAAGAGUCGAAGUUUGGUGUACAAGCUGGCUAUUUUCAGGGAAUGGCACGAGGAGUGGUUGAAGCCUUGGGUACAUUUCAUUCCUUUGAGCUUGAGGGGUGAUGAGUGGGUCGAGGCUGUGAGAUGGUUUGCGGGAGAGACGUCGGGGAAGAAGGAGGCGGAGCGGAUUGCGCUUCAAGGAAGGGAUUGGGCGGAUAAGGUGUUGAGGAAUGAGGAUUUGGAGGUGUGGUUCUUUAGGUUACUGCUUGAAUACGGCAGACUAGUAGACGACGACCGCGAAACCAUAGGCUAUACGGGCGCAUGAACGGGGUGUAAAUAACGAGAUUCUAUAUUGUACAUUAACAGGACAUACGCGUACCUAGGGAAUAGAGCGGGGUUGCGGAGUUUUUCAGAUUUGCAGAAUGGAUGCAAGUGAAGUGUGUAAAUAAUAUACCCACAUAUUCUAGAGCAUGAUGAGCUGUAGAUCGUUGUUUGAGUCUAGAUGUGAAGGAAUAAUACAUCUCAUGAGCUCCCUGUCUGUCUGUUAGUCUCAAAUAGUGUCCUUGACAAUGGCGCCCAUCAUGAAUAACGCCUAUGAUGCUUACAAACUUUCGGAUGGAGCUCAUGAUGGAUGGCGCCCAUGAUGGAUGGCGCCCAUGAUGGAUGGCGCCCAUGAUGAAUAGCACCCACCAUGAAUAGCCCAUGAUGGCGACCAACUUUCACAUGGAGUCCAUGAUAGAUGGAGUCCACGAUACUUGCUAUCAGUCAAAU